GCUCAUUGUGGUUAUUUUCAGCCAAGGUCCCGUUCAACAUAGUGACUAAUGCGCACAUUACGCAUAACGCACAAUGCGUAAUUACGCACGAAAAAUGACAAAAUGAAUAUCACGGCUGGAGACCAUUGUUGGCUCGCUGUUCCUCCAAACUUUUCCAUAAUGCAAAGAAGCUGGUGACUGUUUUUUUUUUAAUUUGUUUUUUUUUUUUUUUUAAUGGCCACUAACUCUCCCUUUCUAGAGGAACACACCAGCAGAGGGAAACAGAUGCAUAAACAUUUCAGGGCAUCUUUCUUCCUCGGCAGCAACAGACUCCUCCUAUUCCCACGUCCAAUUAGUUAUUAUGGUCCGGCCCUUUAAGACGCAGCAGCGGGUCAGCAAGUAGUGUAGUGUUUCUCUAAUUGAACUUCGCCCAAUCAACAAUAGCUCGUUAGCAGUCGCUUUGUGUUUCUUACUGCUUGAGACUGAGACUGCUUUUUCCCCUUGCUGGGAUUCACCCCCCUCUAGUCUGUUACUGCAUAAAGAUCUACAUGGAGCUUGGCAGAGGAACUGCGACUCUGUGAGGGGAAUACAGUCCGGCUGCCUUUACAACUACGCCCGAAGCAUGGUUAUUUUGGAGCAAAGCUCUCCUGCGAGCUAAGUUGCUGCAUUCAGCUUUGAGCGUCAAAAUAUAGAGGGGCUCUACGAAAACGCCGAAACGCUUGUGGACGCUUGAAAACCGCCUUUUGAAUGAUAUAACUAACUUUUCAGGAAACAGCGUUUCUUCGGGACUGCGAUGACCUCCAGUAAAGACAUGAAGGCAGGUUCUGUGUUACAGUCCGGCGCUGACGAGAGGAGACGGGCUCCCCUGGACCAGCUGCCGCCGCCGGCCAACUCCAACAAGCCUUUAACGCCGUUCAGCAUUGAGGAUAUCCUUAACAAACCCUCCGUAAAGAAGUCGGUGGCCGCUAUCUGUCCGCCGAGAGUGUUGGAGAAAGUGACGGGCUCCAACUCUGCGAGGAACGGGAUCACCACUCCCUCGUCGCCGCUGUGCGCGCUGGAGGAGCUGGCCAGCAAAACGUUCAAGGGUCUAGAAGUGAGCGUUAUCCAGGCAGCGGAAGGUCACGAGCACGUCAACGCUUUCGGACAGAGGCAGGCGUCGAAAAAGAGGAGAAAGUCGCGGACGGCCUUCACGAACCACCAGAUCUACGAACUGGAGAAGAGGUUUCUGUACCAGAAGUACCUCUCACCGGCCGACCGAGACCAGAUCGCGCAGCAGCUGGGGCUCUCCAACGCGCAGGUCAUCACCUGGUUCCAGAACCGCAGGGCCAAACUCAAGCGGGACCUGGAGGAGAUGAAAGCGGACGUGGAGUCGCUAAAGAAAAUCACCCCACAGACGCUGCAGAAGCUCGUCAGCAUGGAGAACAUUGAGGAGCAGCAGGGCGGAGGCGGCGAGGCCAGGUCGCCCAGUAUCUCCCCGACCUCCCAAGGACACCGGGCCUUCCCACAGUCCCCCUCCUCAUCCAGAGACCAAACCACGGAUGAAUUCUCGGAGGACGACGAAGAGAUCGAGGUGGACGACUGACAGUCAGGAGAGCUGAGCGGUUUUCGUAAGCGACGACGACGAAAGAAUAUUAAAAGGGGGCAUUUUUUUCUUCUUCCCAAACUUUUGCACGGAUAUUGACACAAAGGAGAAUAUUUACAUAAAAAAAAAAAAAAAAAAACAUUUCAGGAAAGUUCUUCUCUCCUCCUCAUUUCUUCUUUUUUUCUCCAUUUUAAUUUAUUAAUCGGACUCGUAAAAACUUCCGAGUGUGUCGUUUAAAGGCUCAGCACAUCCGAGGCGGAUCUGUUCGGCCCACAGGCAGACCGAACUGUUCUGGUGCCGUGAGACUCACAGUUGUGUAAGCAUUUUAAUUCUGUUCGUUUCCACAGGAGGGAUGGAAAGAAUGUUUUUUUUCAUUUAUCCAAUUUUUUCCCGAUUCUGCCAAAUAUUUAAGUGAAGCCCAUUUUUGUUCAGCGUCUGUGCGCGUCCAUCCCUCCUGAGGUCUAAAUUAAUUUCCCGUGUUGUCCGGACGGAGCAGAGUCUCUGCAGGCAUGCAGGCCUGUCGGCGGCCGAGUUCUGUAUAUAAACCAAACAUCAUAUGCGAUAAUUUUAUUGUAACAUUCUAUUUAAUCAGCAUCUAUGUAAAUAAAGGUUAUAUGAUAU